AUGCAGACACGACAGUUUCAACAAUUAAUCGAUCUACAUUCGAUUCUUCAGAAUGAACAACAUGAUCGAAUUACGAUACUUAUUUCAGGUAAACAGUUCGUCAUACAAAAUCAGCAAUUGAAAAACUUUCCAAAUACAUUAUUGGGUGAUGAACUGAAACGACGUUUAUUCUACGAUGAAGCUUCGAAUGUCUAUCGAUUCGAUCGUCACCCAUCUAUAUUUGAAUCAAUACUCUAUUACUAUUUGAAUCCCGGCAUGCUCAUACGACCACCACAUAUCGAACCGGAACUUUUCUAUGAAGAACUUCGGUUUUGGCAAAUCGAUGAACGUCUCAGUGAAGUAUUCACCGAAGAAGACAUGACACCUUUAGACGAUAUUCGUUUGUUGCCAACUGAAACAUGGCGUUGUUUAAUUUGGAAAACGCUUACUUACCCAAAAAGUAUUACUUUUCCCUACGGUGAUUUGAUCACUGGUCUCUCGAUAUCAUUGACUAUUCUAUCCUGUGUACCUUUUCUCAGCGAGAUCAUUCCAACUGUCACUGAGCUGACCCAAUUCCAAGAAAUACUUGGCGUCAAUCAGAUACAUUUUCCGUUGUACAUGCGUCCAUCUUAUAUCACCGAGAUUCUUUGUAUUUUCGCAUUUACCGUUGAACUCACCUUACGAAUCAUUUCUGCACCGAUAUUUUCAAUCAUUCUCUACGAUGUUUCAAACUUUCUUGAUCUCAUAAUAAUCUUGUCGAGUGCAGUAUGUUUGAUUAGUUAUCAUUUACAUAACAUUGGCUAUAUCAACAAUUUCCUUUCGUUUUACUAUUGGUUACUAAUUUUGAAAUCAUUUCGCAUCUACCGAUUAACUCGACAUAUGUCGCAUCUACGUUUACUAUACAAAGCCAUUGCUAUGAGUUUAAAUGAACUCUCUUCGUUGAUUAUAUCUGUGACAUUCUGUAUGUUAUUAUUCGGAACGAUGAUUUAUAUCAUUGAUAAUUCCAAUCCGGAAUCGAAUACUAGAAACAUUCUCGAUGGAUUUUGGUUGGCUUUCAUUACACUAACGACAUUAGGCUAUGGGGAUGUAUAUCCACGAUCCUUCGAAGCUCGAUUCGCUGCCAGUUUUUGUGCUUUAACUGGUAUUAUUGUAUUUAGCAUGCCAACGACGAUUGUCUUUAUGAAAUAUUCAAGUCUAAUACAAAAUCGUUGGAAACAACAUCGUAGUAUUCGAUAUUUAGAUAUCGGUCAUCGUGUUGACUUAUUUUUUCCUAGCAAUAACACGACGUUAAUUCGACAACAAAUAGUUAUGAGUCAAUUGAUAACUUAUAAUAGUGUGAAUGAUGGUGUUACAUCUCGACGUUAUACAGGUUAUCCACUCAACUCGACGUUAGUCAGUUCUUAUACUCCUGAUACGAUUCGGAGUAUUAUUAAUCAUGCAGCAGCCGGCCAACCUUACUCUACCGCCGUCUGGAUUCGUAUUAAUCGAGUGGGCAUACAAAUCAGUGCUCAAGAUCCUCAAAUUGCUCGAACACGUAUACCCGUUUUCAUCCCUAUUGGACUUGUACAUGAUAUUUAUAUGUUACCUAGUAUAAAUAACGUUAUCUGUAUCGUUUAUGAUGAGCUUCAAUCGAGCAUGAAAGGUGUAUUAUUGUAUGUGGUACAUCCUUCCGAUGCUCAAUUGUUACGUGACGAUUUUCGUAUUGUUAAACAAGCUAAUAAUUCUCAACAAGCACCACCACAACAGCAACCCUAUUCAAGCCCUUUUGAUAGUCUGUAUCCACUCGAAAACCGUCAACCGUAUACACCAAUGCCGAGUAAAUCGCCAUUGUUGUAUGAACCUUAUCGUAAUAAUACGAAUAUUCGUCAACCAUCACCCCGCCGUAUUUUAUAUAAUCGCGAAAACGAAGCAAACAGAAAGCCUAAUAUGACGCCAACAUUACUAUCGAUAACCCAUUCGCCAUAUAAAGGUAGCUAUCAUAGUGAUCGAGAAGAACAUACUCACCGACGACAUCGAAGUCCAAAAAAGCAGAAAAGUGGACAAUCACCAUCGAAACGCUCAAAUGAUAGUGGAGUUAAACAACGAAAAUAUCGAUCACGAUCACCAGAGAAAGCGGUCAAAUCGAAAACGCCCGUUGCAAAUAAUAGUAUAGAUCUAACUCCAGAACAAUUACAACAACAACAACAGCAACAAUUGCUUUUACAACAACAGCAAUUGGCUGCUUGGCAAGCGUCUCAACAACAACAACAGAUGCCUUUGAUACCCAUAGGCAUUUACAAUCGCUACGUGCCAAAGACGAUUCCAUUGCCGACAGGUGAAACAUUGCGAACGGCAUUACCACCUGCAACUGUGGGACAGACAGGAAGUAACGGCGCUGCCUUGGCGUAUAUAGAGUCGCAAGACACUCCAAAGGGGAACACUAGUAGUCGUACACCAUCACGUUCACGUUCGAAUUCUCCUCGUCGUCUUCAUGAUCAUCAACAGAACCGUUCAGUCAGCGCUCAACAUUCAUCAGGCGGUCUAUCAAGUCGUCACCAUCAUCAACACCAUCGACGUGAACGCACGAAUGGUAACGCAUACGUUAUUACACGUGGUGAACCGGCUGCAUACGAUAGUUCAUCUCAACCAUCACGGUCACGAUCGAAAUAUACCUCGUCGGCAAAUCCAAAUUACAAUUCAAGUGAUAAUGAAGAUGAUACAAAGCAAUAUUUGAAAAUGCUAAUUGAUGAAAUGCAAGCAAUGAAAUUAGAAAUGAACAGAAUGCGACAAUUAGCCGUCACUGCUCCGAAAGGACGUUCCGAUUCGAUACAUGCCGAUAUAAAAGAUCUCCGUACACAUAUUGAUAUGAUCCGAGCACGUAUAGCGAUGACGCCAAGAGUUGCCGAUAAAUAA